AUGUGGCGACCAGUGCUUUUACUUUUCGCAGUGACAGCCUCCGCGGAUUAUUUUAAUUCCCAAACACCCAUCCUAAAAUUGGAUGGCUUCUAUACCUACGACGAAAUGAGCUGGUACCUUCAAACCCUUAGCAACUCCUUCAAAAAUGUAGAGCUUCAAAAAUUGACAAAGACCUACGAGUUUCGAUACGUGUAUAUGGUGAAAAUAACUGCGCCACAGGACUAUGACUGCGUUGGUCCUAAGAAAGUGAUUCUACUGGAUGCGGCCAUCCAAGGAAACGAGUGGAUGACAACCUCAGUGGCGCUCAAAAUUAUUCAUGAGUUGGUGUUAAAUUACGAAGAGAAUAAAAUGUUACUAGAACGAUUCGACUGGUACAUCCUGCCCAUGGUCAAUCCGGAUGGCUAUGAAUACUCUCAACACCCACUGUCUCAUUUCUGGAAAAAGAAUCGCUCACCAAAUAAAUUUAGCUCUGGUACCAAUCUGAAUCGCAACUUCAACUCAAACUGGCAUAAGUUAUCUCAAGAGAAUAUUUCACCCUUUAGUCAGCAGUUUCCAGGGAACAUUUCAUUUUCCGAACGCGAAUCAAAUAUUAUUGCGAGUUUAAUGAAAAGACUUUAUGAACAAAAUCAGCAUUUUCUCUACAUUACACUUCAAACCAAAAGCCGCCCGUCUAUCCUUUAUCCUUCGCCCCUCGAAACAAUGCCCCCGACAGAAAUCAAGAUAUUCAAGAUGAUAGCAGAAUAUGCCAGUGCAAAUAUAUUUGAAGAUACGAGACCCCUGUAUCUGCACAUUCCUCCAAACGAAUACCAAAGAUUGGGUGGUAGCAGUUUGGAUUACGCCUAUCUACAGGGAUUUCCACUCACCUUUGCGCUCGAGGUCUUCGAAGCAAAAGAAUUUAAAGGAAACCCAAGAAUCUUUAUAGACGAACGUGUCUUUGUGGGUUGGAGUGGAGUAUUUAAUCUGGUCAUUUACAAAGUGCUGAAUUCAAAACAUCCGAUUCAAUAA